UUCCUUUCAGAAGUACGUUGUAACCUCUACUUCUAAUUUAAAACGUUUUUUUUUUUCAAUUAGUUGUAUGUUUUGUUAAGUUAUAGUGCGUUGAAUGAAAUUUUUAAUAUGGUUUUGAGAUAUUUUUUGUUUUUAUUUUUUUGUUCUGCUACAAUUUAUGCUGCAAGAAAACCAGGAUUUGGUUCUACCCAGCAGAACUGGGGUUUUGUCCCGAUCAAUGAAAAGGCUGACAUGUUUUGGUGGUUAUACUACACCACAUCCACGGAUGAUUAUGUUCAAAAACCUUUAGUUAUUUGGCUUCAAGGUGGUCCUGGAGGCUCAUCUACAGGGAUCGGAAAUUUCGAAGAAGUAGGCCCUAUGAACUCCAAACAAGAGCAAAGAGACGUUCACUGGAUAGAACAUGUUAAUGUUUUAUUUGUGGACAACCCUGUAGGAACUGGUUUUAGCUACGUUAAAGACAGCGACACAAGUUAUUUUGCCAAAGACAACACAGCUAUAGCACAGGAUUUCUUAGUAUUUCUUAAAGGAUUUUUACAGGAAAAUACGGAAUUUCAAGAAGUCCCCAUAUAUAUUUUUGGUCAAUCUUAUGGAGGCAAAAUGGCUGCAGAUAUUGCAUUGCUGCUACACGAGGAAUCAAAAGUUAGAAAUAUAACGUGCAACCUUACUGGUAUUGCUUUAGGAGAUUCCUGGAUUUCUCCUAUUGAUUCUUUAACAUCUUGGCCGUCUUACCUGUACAAUCUUGGAUUUUUAGAUUUUGACGACUUUCUACAAUUGAAAAAUAUGACAGAAUUUAUAAGAGAGGAACUGUCAACUGGCGAUUACUCCAGAGCUACCCUCUAUUUUCGAGCCACUCAGUACGUCAUUAAUAUGUUAACGACAGUGGAUUACUACAACGUACUCAGCGAGCAAAUAAAACAAAACGACUUAAAACAUGGCGACUGGUUCCAUUCCAACUUAACACGUACAGAUAAAAAUAUUCUCAGAGAUAUUAUGCCAAAUGACUUAUUCAGCAAUAUUAUAAACAAUAAAGAAACCAAAAAUCUCGAAUCAGAUGAAGACGAUGUUUUGUCCACACUGAUGAACGGACCUGUUAGAGAAACCUUAAACAUCACAGCCAUUGCUGAUCACAGUGAUCACCAGUGGGGUGAUCAAAGUGACUUAGUUUUCGAGGCAGUAAAUCUGGAUUUCAUGAAACCAGUAACUGAAGUUAUAGAAAAACUGUUAAACGAGACUGACAUUGAAAUAUCUGUCUACAACGGUCAGCUUGAUCUGAUAGUUGAUACCCCAGGAACUCUGACUUGGGUGAACAAUUUGAAGUGGAUUAACAAAGACCAAUGGGUUGCUUCAAAUCGUACUCCCAUAAUAGUGGAUAAAGUAUACGAGGGAUAUGAAAAACGAUACGAUAAAUUUAAUUUUUACUGGGUACAUCGAGCUGGGCAUAUGGUUCCUACUGACAAUCCUCGUACUAUGUCCUAUAUUUUGAAACAAAUUGCUCACAUUGGUGAUUGAGUGUACCUAUUUUUUAUAGAAUAAUUAUACCUACACAUAGUUUAUAUUUAUUUAUUUAUUUAUUUUUAAUAAAAUCGAUAAAAUAUUCCUUUAAUAAA